AGCUCGGGCUCCCGGCGUGGGUUGGGGUGUUGGCGGGUGGUUUUUAGUGGUGUUAAAGCCGUUGGUCUGUCCUCAGGGCCCCGCGCCGUGUCCAGGGGGGCCGCCCCGUGGGAAGCUGGCGGCCCGGCGCCUCUCCGCGGGGCUGGGGCUGCGGAGCCUGAUGCCGGUCACUCCUAACGGGAAGCAGUAGAGAAUGUCCUUUCGUGGAAGAGGAGGCGGUGGCGGAGGACGAGGAGGAAGAGGAGGAGGUGGUUUUAAUCGCGGAGGAAGUGGCGGUGACAGAGGUGGCUUUAAUCGUGGUGGACGAGGUGGCUUUGGACGGGGAGGUGGACGAGGAGGCUUCAACAGAGGUGGAUAUGACCAGGGCCCUCCGGAGAGGGUAGUCUUACUGGGAGAGUUCAUGCAUCCGUGUGAAGAUGAUCUUGUUUGUAAAUGUAAAACAGAAGAAAACAAAGUGCCUUAUUUCAAUGCACCAGUGUACUUGGAUAAUAAGGAACAGAUUGGCAAAGUGGAUGAAAUUUUUGGGCAGCUACGAGACUUUUAUUUUUCAGUGAAACUGUCUGAGAACAUGAGAGCCUCUUCAUUCAAAAAAAUGCAAAAGUUUUACAUUGACCCAGCAAAGUUGCUACCCCUUCAGAGAUUUUUACCAAGGCCUCCUGGAGAAAAAGGUGCUCCUCGAGGAGGUGGUAGAGGAGGACGUGGUGGAGGACGUGGAGGAGGAAGAGGUGGUAGAGGAGGAUUCGGAGCAGGAAGAGGUGGAGGAAGAGGAGGAGGAGGAUUUAGAGGAGGUGGAGGAAGAGGUGGUGGAGGAGGAGGAUUCAGAGGAGGAAGAGGCGGUGGAGGAGGUUUUAGAGGGAGAGGACAUUAAAAAUGGAGCAAUGAGAAUCUUCCUGCUGACUUACCACAUCAUCUGCAAAGGUUAAGAACAAGAAAAAAAAAUUAUAAAAGACCGUGAAAAAGUUGUUUGUAAAGAACUGGAAGCUAUGAAAUGACAGUUGAUGACUGUCAACACAUGAACAGAGUAUGUAGCCCUUGGUGAAGAACGGAAGACUGCUCAGAACAUACUUGAACUUUUAAAACUAAGACAAGGUUCAAUGUUAUUCUUAAAUUGUUUGUUUCUGGCAAAUGACUUAGUCAGUGCUUGACUUCAUGUUGGAGUCUGGAGUAAACAAUCAAUUUAAACUUUUUUUUAAGAAAGACCCCUUUGGGUUCACUGCAUGCACAUUUGUCAGUAUGAACUUGUUUACCCGUGUGUGACUUGGAUAAGAUCCCUUGUUCUCAUUGUUUUAUAUGGAGUCUUGUGGAUCACCCUAAAGAGGCCAUACUGUUUAAAUAACCUUUAUGGAUCCUUUUUUACAAAUUAAACUUCAGAUUUUUUUUGUUGUUAGAACUUUUUUUAAUGCAUAAUCAUAAGUACGAGGAAAGGAAGAUAGCAAAGAAUAUUUUGUAGAUUCUUCUCUUUGAGUCUUAAUGAAAGCCAAAGGCAUUAAGUCGCAUUCUUAGAAGAUAUCUAAUGAGUAAUACAGAGUUAAUUCUAUUCUUAGGUCGCCUCACUGUAUCUAAUUUCACCAAUAAUAAAAUUGCGAUGAGUUUUUAACUGUU